CGCGCUCCCCAGUCCCGUGCCCGUCCACACCACAUCCUGACAGGGAGCGUCCGUCCCGUCCGCGCCAAGGCUCUCGCGCGUCUCUCCUAACCUGGCCCUCGGCUGCCCUCGGCCCUCCCGUCCCGUCACCGCGCAGUGUACACCCAUUCAUUGCGCUCGCCGGCUGCUGCUUGUGUGGCGGGGCAGCGUGGCCGGCCGCCAGGCUCGCAUCCGCGCAUCGCACCGCGCAUCGCUUCAGUAUGGAGGUGGAGUCCGGCGUCAAGUGGAUUCGCCGGGUGGCGGUGCAGAGCCCGUCCAGACUCAGCGACGCUGCAGCGGCCGCCGCCAGCAUGGAGCUCUACGACGGCUCCAGGCUGUUCUCCUGGCUGGCCGAGCUGUCGGGGCUGCCCAUUGACCAGGUCAACUUCCUCAUCACGCAGUUCCUGGCCCUCGCGCUGGCCCCGCUGUUCCGCGGCCGCCUGCACCCCAAGCGGGUGGGCGCGGCCGCGAGGCACGGCGUGGCCCUGGCCCUGGGGCUCUUCUUCGGCUACUUCUGCUUCGGGGCACAAGCCAUCCACCUUGCUGGGCUGCCCGCAGUCUGCUACGUGGUCAUCCGCGUCAUGGAUCCCAAGAUAAUGCAAAUAGCUGUCCUCUCCGUGGCUCUUUUCUACCUGUCGUGCAUCCACUUGCAUCGACAAAUAUAUGAUUAUGGCUCAUAUACUCUUGAUAUUACCGGACCCCUCAUGGUGAUUACACAGAAAGUGACCAGUUUGGCAUUUAGCUUACAUGAUGGCCUGACUCAGAAGGAAGAAGACCUUGUGGGAGUGCGAAAAUACCAUGCUCUACGAAAAAUGCCAUCUGUUCUAGAAUAUUUUGCAUACAUGUUCCAUUUUCAAGCUUUAAUGGCUGGACCAAUCAUAUUCUAUAGGGAUUACAUUGAGUUCAUUCAUGGCACAAAUUUCCUGACUCAUUCUGGAACAAACAUAAGAAUUGACGAUCAUGUUGAGAAAGAAAUGGUAUUGGAACCUUCACCUUUGUUGGCAGUCAUGAGAAAGGUUGGAGCUAGUCUUGUGUAUGCUCUCUUACUCACUCAAUAUGUGCCAGUCUUCCCAAUCCGAAUAAUAAAAGAACCCGAAUUCCUCGAACUUGAUGUUCCGUCCAAAAUGCUGUUCCUCAUGGUCGCUACUGCUGUGCAUCGCUUCAAAUAUUAUCAUGCAUGGCUUUUGGCCGAUGCAAUCUGCAAUGCUAGUGGCCUAGGGUUCAACGGCUAUGCUGAGGACGGCACGCCUCGAUGGGACUUACAUUCCAACAUAAAUAUUUUGGGUUUUGAGUGUGGACUCAACUUGCGAGACUGUAUUGAACAAUGGAAUAAGGGUACAAAUUGCUGGUUGAGGCUAGUCGUUUACGAUCGUAUUAAAAAUAAUGCAACUGUUUUGACUUAUGCAUUAUCUGCCUUUUGGCAUGGUUUUUACCCUGGGUACUAUUUGACAUUUGCUAGUGGUGCCCUUUUCACAUUUACGGCCCGAAAGGUUCGUCGUCAUGUUCGCCCAUUCUUUACAAAAUCUGUCACUCUCAAAGCAUUCUACGACUUGGUGACAUUCUGGACCACACGGGUAACCAUGGCUUACAUUACAUUCAGUUUUAUUCUCUUGGAGUUUACACCAAGUGUGCGCUGCUACCUGUCAAUGUACCUGUAUCUUCAUUUAUUGGCUGUGCUUGCUUUUGUCGGUUUACCUCAUCUGCUUCCUCAGCCUCCGCAGACCAAACCAAAGUUAAAUGAUAAGUUUAAAAAAGCUUCAAACCCAAAUGGGUUGAAAGCUGAAUAGCAUUUACUGAGUAUCUCUAUUGUUCAUUUUUUGCUUUCUUAAAAACUAACAGUAGGAUAGGAGAUGCCUAUCACAGUUGAAGACUUAGUUACUUGUAGAAGUGCUCCUACAAUAUUCAUAAUUUUUGCGUUGCAGAAAAAUGAUUUUAGAUAUACUGUAAUCUAAUAAAGAAUCAUUUAAUGGUCAUGAAAAUUAAACAAAUGAAUUGUGAUGAGAGUACCACACAUGCUCUUUGGGUUCCUGAUAAAUGACAAUGUUUUAAUUCAUCAGAUAAUGAGACUACUUAACUGACUGACUGAAAUGGCUCAUGAAAGAGGGACAAAGCUCUCUUCUCAGUGAUGAAACCUGACCUCUCUUAAAAUUGAAUAAGUGGACUUUUGAAUCAAGACUUUUUUUCCACUCAAACUUUUCUGACAAAAGUUUAAGUGUUUUUGUAUUGGUGAUCAUUGAAUAUUCCUCUUAUAUGUCUUGUUUCAACUAGGGCUCUAGCCGUAUGUCAAUAAGAGUAAGUUUUUUUGUUCUAUGUAUAUAAGCUAGUAAGUUUACACAGUCAAGGUACUGACCUUUUGUUAAUUGAAUUACACCAUGUAAUUUCUAAAUAUGUUAAGUUUUGUAGUCUUCAAACAAAUUCUUUUACUGUUCAGUUUCCAUUGAAUUUGUUCCUCUCCAGUUAAUUGAAAAUGUUUUCAACUGUUUUUUUAAGCACAUUAAAUAAAAAAAUAGUCAACUG